GCUAUCUUAUUGUAUGAUAUGGACAUUUUCAACGAUAAAUCUGCUUAAAUUGACCCAAUUGUGGAUGUUUCUACUUUUUACGGGAACGGUUUCGCAUGUUCAAUAUUCGACAUCUUCUUCCUCUCUUGGCGUUUAUCGCACUACUCUGUGCGUUGUUAAAAGUAGUAGAGUUUUGGGGCACGCAAUAACUUUCACUAUAAAGCUUCUCUAUAUAUUCUUCUUGCUGUAAGAAUGUACAAUUCUUAAACACAGAAGCAAGUCUAAUUAAUUACUUUUUUUGUUGUAUUUACCAGCACAUCCAUUUUCCAGUACUCCAACAGAAUUCAAACAGUAUGGGGAAGCUCGUUGGACUCAUUAGUUCGGGCAUUGGUCUCGCAAUGGAAGCAAAGACAUCUUACCAAUCUCCGAGUUCUAAGUCCUAUACUAAAGAUGCAAAUCGCGGUUCAACUUAUAGUGUUCCCUCCCAAAUGCCACUUCGUACCUUGCCAAAAGCAAAUCGACAUAGCAAUGACGAAGACGCAUAUCAAGACCUGCAAGCCUACGCCGAUUAUCAAAAUGCCCUCUCAGAUCGCAUAAAUACGGACAUGGAGAGAGAUGAGAAUUACCGAAAAUAUUUAACCGCGACUCCUCGAGCACAAGCAAUGAGGAAUACUUACGAAAGAGACGUGUCAUUUUACUCUCAUGAAUUGCCAGAUCAAAGAAUUCAGCCAGCUAGAGGACUCUCUUGUCCUGUGAUACUCCCACAACGAAGACCCGAAUCACAAAGUCGUGGUAUUAUUCGAGCGUACUCCCCAGAGCUGGCAGAUUGUGGCAUAGAUCAAGAUACGUUUCUGGAUUUUAUUGAUGAUUUUAAUGAAGCUCAUAAAGCAUCUCCUUAUCUCGACGCCGUUAAUGUGGCCGCCCAAGGUGUCGGAUUUGCACCCGGUAUUUCGCCGAUGAUCGUGUCUAUGGUUGUUCCAAUUGCAGUACGAGCUGCUAAAGGUUAUCAGACACAAAGACAAUCAUCCUCUUUCCUAGACCAAGCCAAUACAAAUCUCUUCGUACCGCAUGGCCUCUUUGCAAUGGUCUUGACUUUUAAGCCUGAUCAAACUCAAAACCCAUAUGGAGUACCCGGAGAAGUUCAACUUCCUCCAUCCGCUUCCCUUAUCUAUCCCGAAGAUGAAAGUCGUGCUCAACAAACUGGUCUGAAGAAAAUGGGCCACUUUAUCGCGGAUUAUGGAGAUCGUAGGGCCCAGGCUCGAUACGCGUACAAUAAUCCCCAGUCAUCUUUGGCUGGUCCUUUACCAACAUUCAACAGUCGUUGGGCUGACCCAAAUCAUCCUGCUAAUGGUGGUGGACUAAAAAGUCUACUAACAGGCAUUCCAGACGACAGAAAUUCCCGAAGAGAAGAAGAAAAAGAUCGCAAAAGAGACAGAAGGGAUCGUCGUCGCAGAGGUAGCUCAAGUAGUGAUACAUCGAGAAGAGGAGGACUUCUAAGUACAGCGCUUGGGGCAAUUGGCGAUGCUAGUGGGAGGAAUGCUCCUUCUGGUAGAGGAAGAACAAGCUUGGUGGGAACCGCAAGAGAGAUGAUAAAUGAACCUGGAAAACAAGAUCAAAGUCUAAUCAAGGGAAUAAGAGGCUUUGGGAUGAAGACUGACAUCCUAUAUUUGAUGAUCACAAACAACACCGAAGAUCAGAGAUCAUUACUUUCGACGAGACCACAGACGCCCUUGACGCACGUUUCAUCAUUUUCACCACUGGAGUCUCAAUCCACAAACCCAGAAAAUUGGCUGAAAACGUCCAAGAAAGAUCAAAACUCCGUAUAUUCCAUCUCAAAUCAAGAUCGAGAAGUUCUCUAUAACAACCAAUGCCAAAAUGGCCAUCCCUAUAUUGCCAGGAGAGGUCAAGUCGGCUCGAGCUCUACCGCUGGAAAUUUUGAACAGAACGAAGCUCCGCCGCCUGCAUACAGAGAAGCAAUGCCGGCAAGGUACUAUGAUCAGAUGAGGCAACAUGAUGAGGAGUUUUGCGCACCUACCAUAUAGUAUACCGCCCCUAUGGAUUUAUCUCAAUUUUGAAUCUGGGAUGUAUUUAGUUGACUUGGAGUUUGUGGGAGUGUAAAUGCAUUCAGCAUCACUAGAUGCUCAAUUUCUAACUUUUCAUCAUUUUGAUUUGUUAUAACCUUCCAUAUCAUAGCCCGGUUAAGUUUCCUACGGCAAAUUUUUAUUCAAAUCAAGGUGUCUAGUAGUAUACACCAGAUAAAUAGGGUGUAAUUUAAAACA